AUGUCUCGGAGGAAGGAGGUGGUGACCCUGACUGGCCUGUGCCUGCAGAACAUCGCGGACAACAUGCAGAGCGUUUGGAUGAAGGAUUACAUGAUGAAAAAUAUGGAGGAAUAUAAUUUCCUCUUCAUUGAAGGACCCUUCAAUCAGCUGGCCGGCUCGCUGGUCCAGGAACUGAUCCGGAUUCUGGGAGAAUCACACAAGCUGAAUAAAGGGUGCCUCCACCUCCUCCUUCAGCCUCACCUAUUGGAGCUCAGCCUCCGUUCCUGCGCCGGGCUCGUCAAUGUCGCCAUAAUGCAGCUCGUCACUGUGCGCUGCAAGCACCUGACCUCCCUGGACCUGCACUCCUGUAACCGUGUUCCCGCCGUCUCGCUGGCCACACUCAUUGAAGGCUUGCCCCGUCUCACCAAGCUCUGUCUGGUGGACACUCAGUCUGACUCGCUGGUUUUGACGGCCAUUGGACGGAGCUGCCCACGACUCUGUGAAUUGGAUAUAUCCCGAUGUAAGAAGGUUUCAUCGUCUUCGUUGUUGUCACUGGUCUACGACAGUAAAAGUGCCACCUUCUGCUGCCAGGCACUGAGGGUUCUGCUUCUGCAAGAUGUGAAACCGAAGGGCAGCCUGGAUCAGUGGGCACAAGUGCUGUGCUUUGUUCUGCUGGCAUUGCCCGGCCUCGAGGAACUCCCCAACCCUUCCCUACCAGCUGCCCUCAGUCUUCUAUACCAUGGGAGUUUUACCCAACUUGGCCCAUGCUUCGAUGGGUUCCCUCCAUUGGCAGAGGUCGCCCGGUCUAGGACAGUAAGGGAAAGUGAUAUUAAGGGAGUGGCAAACAUGAGGAACCAUCAGUCGAAUUCUCAUGCAUCUGCACCAAAGGUAACCCACCAAAAAAGUUCUGAGAUGUUGGGGAUGACAGAGAGACUGACCCUUCGCCUGAAGAAGCUGGAGGACCUGGAGGAGGAUGACAUGUCGGUACUUGGGUCUCUAUGCCCGUUGGUGGAAGAGGUUGCCAUCUCUCUAGGCAGCCAACCAUUGGGUACCUGGAGUUUAGUGCAAUGGCCUCACCUCACCCAGCUGGUCCUGCACUGCACACAGAAGCCGGAGAGGACCUUGGAGGAAUUCCUGGCCACACUGCAGGUCAUAGGGAACAGUCUACGGGUUCUAUCCGUGCAGAACCUACUGUGGUGUCAGGAUGAGUCUCUGCCCACUCUGCUGGCCAUGUGCCCAAAUCUCCAGAGCUUCAAAAGUCACUUCACAGUGCUUCGCCAGAACCUUCCACCCAAUGAGCCGGAGCUUCCGCCCUGGCGUGGGGCCCCCCUGCCCCUCCCCCGCCUACACACCUUUAGUUUGCUAAUAGAAGGGGAAGGCUCACCUCAGGCCGUCUUCCAGCAUAAACUGGGGGGCUUCUUGGUGUCCAUCCUGAAGGGGAGCCCCCAGCUGGAAUCGCUGUCCCUCUGUGGGGUCCAGUCCCCUCUGGAUAGUGUGUUUGAAGUCGUGUACGGUUCAAGUCCCCCCCCAAACCCUUGCAGAGACUAAGCGCGGUGUCCCUGUGUGGCAGUAAUGUCACCCAGUGGGGGGCGUCUCUCAUCAUUCGCUCCGGGAGUGACCUGAGGACUCUGGACUUGUCUCACUGCAAGGAGGUGACUUGCCGGGACCACCAGCAGCUCCAGGAACGGGCACGCAAGGAGAGACUCAACCUCACCAUUAGCUGGCUGUGA